CUUGGCCAAUUCUUGGUCGCCAUCAACGGCUUCAUCAAGUCUCGCAACGAGGCUAGCAUCACCGACUGGCUUGUGGUAGAGCCACCAUGGAAUCCGCAUUAUCUAGGCAUGAUUCAGGAGCUUCGGUCCACCUGUCCAAGUGGCAACGAGCAGGCACUCGAGCAAAAGUGCACUCAAACGCUAACAGCCGCCGUCGAAGGCGCAGAUGGUAGUCCUUGGACUGCCUUCGUCAAGUUCAUGAUGCAAUAUCUGGCCUACCUACGGGACGUGAGCGAAGGCGUGGAGCACUACUUGGAAACCUACGAGCUUCUGAGCGAGCUACAGCAACGAGCCAACAGUGCACUCGGUCACGCCACGCUUGGUCACCUAGUGCUCGGAACAGUAGUCAAGUCCGCUAGGACUGUGUGCAAACUCGCCAUUGGACUCGAUAGGCGACCAGAUCUCAUCGCACAUUUACGUCGCGCGGCCACUGGCGGUGGCGAAGAAGGCGGCCUUCGGGAAACCUUGCCGGAAAGGGCUGCGAACAUCCUUCGACAGGCAUUCGUCACAUGUUUGAACGACCGCAACACCAGCGUUACAGCUGAAGGACGUCCGGAAGGCAAAAGACAAGGAAUCUAUGUCAUCGCAAACCUGUGCUUGAGAAUCCUCUUUCAGUGCCGCAAGACGAGGAACGCGACGCAGAUCUUCGAGAACAUCUACAACCUCUCGCCGCCCCUGGCGCUAUACCCCAAGAGUCAGCGCGUCACGUACCUUUACUACCUUGGACGCUUUCUGUUCCAGAACAGCCACUUCUACCGCGCGCAAGCGGUGCUGCAAUUCGCGUACGAGGAAGCACUAGCAAGCCAGCAGUGCGUGAGGCAGAGGCGUCACAUUCUCGUCUACCUGGUGACGUGCAACAUCAUACUCGGACGUUUUCCGUCGCAAGCAUUGCUCGAUCGGCCAGAGUCAGCAGGCUUUCGCGAGCGGUUCUUGCCUUUGUGCUUGGCCGUCAAGCGUGGCGAUCUGGCUGCCUUUCGCAGACAUCUCGAUCUGAAUGGAGAGCAUGCGGACUGGUUCCUGCACUUCAGGAUACUGCUACAGCUACGCAAUCGCUGCGAAGCGCUUGUCUGGCGCAGCUUGAUCCGUCGAGCCUUCAUUCUUGUUGGAUACAGACCCACAGACCCCAUGUCUCGAUCAGCGCCAACUCUCGGCAUCGAUCAUCUCAUUGCCGCAUUUUCUUGGCUCGAGCGCCUCGCUGUAUCUCAGCAGCAGACCAACGGAGAGUAUACCGAUCCGGACUUUGCGUCGAUCGAUUACGGCGACACCAGCAGCUCCUCCAGCAUUGAAGUUACGGCCAUUGAGAGUAAGCUAUCAUCGCUCAUCGACCAGGGCAUGUUGAACGGUUUCAUUUCGCACCGCCUAAUGAAAUUCGCCAUACAAGGCGCCAAAGCCAAAGGCGGAGACGCGCUGGGCGCUGGCUUUCCGAAUGUCUGGGAGGUGCUGAGGGCCAAGGCGGAGAGAGGUGGAAUGGGCGAAGACGUUCCGGGCUGGAAAAAGUCCGAGCGAGUCAACCAUGCAGGCGCAGCUUUCGGAGGACAGAGGUUUGGCCCCGGUAUGGUCGUCAACCUGAGCGGUCUGCGACCGAUUGGA